CCGUCCCUCCUCGCGCGGUCUGAGCGCCCGGCCCGACCCCGGCCAUGGGGUGCUGCUACAGCAGCGAGAACGAGGACUCGGACCAGGACCGAGAGGAGAGGAAGCUGCUGCUGGACCCUAGCAGCCCCCCAACCAAAGCCCUCAAUGGAGCUGAGCCCAACUACCACAGCCUACCUUCUGCUCGCACAGAUGAGCAGGCCCUGCUCUCCUCCAUCCUUGCUAAGACAGCCAGCAACAUCAUCGACGUGUCUGCUGCAGACUCCCAGGGCAUGCAGCAGCAUGAGUACAUAGACCGGGCAAGGCAGUACAGCACCCGCUUGGCUGUGCUGAGCAGCAGCCUGACCCACUGGAAGAAGCUGCCGCCACUGCCGUCUCUCACCAGCCAGCCCCAUCAAGUGCUGGCCCGCGAGCCCGUUCCCUUCUCCGACUUGCAGCAGUCUCUUACUUUUUCUCCCCUCCCUAAUCUCCUCCCCUCAACCUUUAUUCUCUUUCUCUUUGUCUCCAGGAUAGCUGCUUAUGCCUACAGUGCACUUUCUCAGAUCCGUGUGGACGCAAAAGAGGAGCUGGUUGUACAGUUUGGGAUCCCAUGA